AUGAAUACCAAUGUAGUAGUGGCUAGUAAAACAGUUGUAGCACUUGCUGCUCUAGUCGCGACGACGCUGCCGAUGCUCCCACCUAGCAGCGCGGCACAAGCAGCUGCAACUGCAACUACAACAGCCACUGGUCUGGGCAGUACUAGCUGCACAAGGACCUGCGGCAACAUCAGCAUCCCGUACCCGUUCGGCGUGGAGCCUGGCUGCUACCACGCCGCCGGCUUCAACCUCACCUGCAAGCAGCAGCACUCCCACCACCACCAUCAUCAGCCACCCAAGCUGUUCCUCGGCGACGGCACCGUGCAGGUGCUAGACAUCUCUGUUGAACACAACACGGUGUGCAUCAACAGCCCCGGCGUGCAGUUGCAGUAUGAUAGCAUUAGCCAAAUUGGUCCUGCUAACGGGACAUGGGGCCUCGGGCUCCCAAAGACCGGACCGUACUUCCUGUCGGAGUCAGCUAGCAUGGUCGAGGCGAUAGGGUGCAGCAUCCAGGUCAGCAUCCUAGGGGGACUGAAUAACAGCCUGGUGAGUUCUUGCACUGCUAUCUGCCCACUUAUUUUCUCCAAAGGUGGUGGCGUCAGCGGAACGAUAGGAAAUGGCAACUGCACUGGCAUUGGUUGCUGUCGGGCCAGCAUCGUUGUAGGCUACUCUUCCUACACAAUCCAGAUUGAACGCAUAUCUGGCCCGGGCUGGUACGUUCCUACUUCUGUAUUCAUAGUCGACCAGAGUUUCUUUGUCAGUAUCAACUCGAAUGGAGAACGAAUUCCUGGAUCCCUUACUACGGCCACACUAGACUGGAUAAUUGGUACUUCGACAUGUCCUACAAACAAUAAGACCGCCCCAGAAUGUCUCAGUAGUCACAGCUAUUGCCAAAAUUCCUCUUCGUUGGGCCAUGGUGGGUAUACAUGUCAAUGCGCAAAUGGUUAUCAAGGCAAUCCUUAUGUUCAUGGUGGAUGCCAAGACAUUGAUGAGUGCAAUCACAAGGAAGCAUACUCGUGCUAUGGGAUAUGCCAAAAUUUCCCAGGAAGUUUUCACUGCCAAUGUCCUGAAGGAAGCUCUGGAAAUUAUUCCAUAAAAGGGGGAUGCAUUACAAUCAAGAAUUCCUUCACAGGUUUAAGCAUUGGGCUAGGAGUUGGUGGUGGGACAGGUCUUUUGCUUCUAGCCCUUGGUGGACCCUACAUAAUGCAUAAAAUCAAGCUUCAAAAGGCGAAUAAGGUGAAACAAAGGUUAUUCAAGCAAAAUCAUGGGCUACUUUUACAGCAGUUAAUAUCACACAAUACUGAUAUUAGUGAAAGGAUGAUAAUUACCCUAAGUGGUAUAGAGAAGGCAACAAAUAAUUUUGACAAAGCUCGCAUCGUUGGUGGUGGAGGGCAUGGUGUCGUGUUUAAGGGAAUUCUAGAUCUACAAGUUGUGGCAGUCAAAAAAUCAAAGAUAGUAGUGCAACGAGAAAUCAAUGAAUUCAUAAAUGAAGUUGCAGUUCUUUCUCAAGUAAACCAUAGAAACGUGGUGAAGCUCUUAGGAUGUUGCCUUGAGACAGAAGUCCCAUUGCUAGUUUAUGAGUUCAUUUCAAAUGGAACCCUUUGUCAUCACCUUCACAUUGAUGGCCCCAUAUCACUACCAUGGGAUGAUCGAAUGAGAAUAGCAACUGAAGUUGCAAAAGCUCUAUCCUAUCUGCAUUCAGCUGCUUCAAUGCCAGUGUUUCAUAGAGAUAUUAAGUCAGCAAAUAUACUUCUUGAUGAUGCUUUAACUGCAAAGGUAUCAGAUUUUGGAGCUUCUAGAUAUAUCCCGAUUGAUCAGACAGGAGUGACUACGGUAGUUCAAGGAACAAUGGGCUAUUUGGAUCCAAUGUAUUAUUACACGGGCCGGUUAACAGACAAGAGUGAUGUUUUCAGUUUUGGUGUUCUUCUUGUAGAAUUGCUUACUCGAAAAAAACCAUACGUCUACAGGUCAGUAGACAAUGAUGGUCUUGUUUCACAUUUUGUCUCACUGCUUGCAGAAGGCAAACUAGUUGACAUAAUUGAUCCUCAAGUUAUGGAGGAGAAAGGUGGAGAAAUCCAAGAAGUUAUCACACUAGCAGCAAUGUGCACAAAAUUGAAGGGAGAAGAUAGGCCUACGAUGAGGGAAGUGGAGAUGACCCUUGAAAGCUUGCUAGUUAAUAAGAAGAGGCUGGUUCAAUAUAAUGGAACACCAAUGAGUAACUGUGGGGAUGAAGCUACAACUCAUUACAUGGCAAUUGGUAGAGAUUGUAAUGAAGCUAGCAGGCAAUACACUAUGGAAGAGGAAAUUUGGUUAUCAGCAAGUUAUCCUCGGUGA